AUGUCCUUCGAUCGCUAUGUUGCCAUAUGUAAUCCUCUGAGAUACACCACCAUCCUCAGCAAUGCACGAAUGGCUAAGCUAGGGCUAGUGGGUUUGGUAAGAGCUGUUCUCUUCAUGCUGCCCCUGCCCCUGACGCUGAGCAGGCUGCCAUAUUGUGACAACCGCAUUAUCCCCUGCACACACUGUGAGCACGUGCUUGUGGCAAUGAUAUCGCGUGGGGAUAUCACAUUCAACAGGACAUACAGCUUGGUGAUACCAUUAGUACUCAUGGGGUCAGAUCUGAUGCUCAUUGUUCUGUCCUAUGGUCUCAUCAUUAGGGCCGUCUUCAGAAUCUCCUCCAAGGGAGCCCACCAGAAAGCCUUCAGCACCUGCACAGCCCACAUCUGUGUGAUGCUGAUGUCUUAUAUUUCCAUCUUCUUCAUUAGCCUGACACACCGAUUCAGUGAGGGCAUUGCUCCCCAUGCUCCCAUCAUCUUGGCCAACCUCUAUCUCCUCAUUCCUCCUAUUCUCAACCCCAUCAUUUAUGGGGUCAAAACCCAAGAGCUGCGUGAUAAAGUGGGCAAAUACAUCUGCCAGAGGCCACUGACUUUCAACUGA